GACCCCGGAGAUUGUUGUGAGUGAGCACUACAGUCAGCAUUGUACAGGCAGCUGCGUGAACAGCCCCGGGGUCCUCGUUGGUGUCCUUGGCUUGAGAUCACGCGGGAAGCCGGAAUAGCCAGCACCAAAGAUGGAGGAGCUGGAUGUGGAACCGACGGAGAUUACCAUUCCCGGACUUGGGCAGCGAAACCGUCAUAUUGGUUUUAACUGGGGACCAGGAGAAUUACUGUUGUAUGAGACUCGCUAUCCAAACACAGGUGCUACAUGUAUUACCACUCCUUCAGCGCUCUGUCCAUUCAUGUACAUCGUACGUAAUGAUGAAGAUAUCUACUCCCCAGUCCUGCGCAAAUUGUUGAAUGAGUCACACAGCAUAUUUGUGGGCCUGCAAAAGAGCGAAGAAGAAGCCUCAAGCAAGACCCAUAAAGCACAGCUGGUCCGAGUCAGUAAAAAGUAUCGCUCAGUUCUGCAGGCUUGCAUGGAGGAGAUGAACUCACUGGCAGUUCCUAUACGAGAUCCAACUCAAAGUGCCAAGAGGUCUGAGCAGCUCUCUUUCCUGUCUGCCAUGGAGCUGUGUUGGAACCUGUGUGAAAUACUUUUUAUUGAAGCUGCCACAGCUGGGUCCCUUCUGAUAUUGCUGCUUGACUGGGUGCGUCUUCAUGUAAAUGAGGUGGACCGUGUAUAUCAAGAUGUAAUACAAAGUGACAACCCCACUCAACAUGACAGGUUCUGGGAUGCAAUCACUGGUUUUGUCUUGCAAGGUCGUAUGGAAGAAGCACGCCAAUUGCUGGCCAAAGAAACUGCUGCUUCUGUGAGCACCCGGAGUAUGUGCAGAGUUCUAGAUGAACUAUUGAAGAAUAUGCCCAUUUUCAGUUCUGCAGGGUCUCAGACACUGACAGAAUUUGAAUUAAAAUGGCAAAGCUGGCAGGAGAAAUGUGCACGUCACUUGCAGAGUGGGACCUUCUCAUCCAGUCCCCAAAUGGAAGCCAUCUGUAAGGUUUUGCUCGGAGAUGAGGAUGCUUUGCUGGAGAAGAAGGAGCUUAUGAUCACCUGGUAUCAUUUCCUUGUAUCACAACUACUCUUCACACACCCGACUGUGAAACCGACAGAGAUGCACUCCUAUGCUCAGUCGUGCCUGGACAUCUUUACCACUGGUGACAGCAGUUCCGAGCCACUGGACAAUAUCCUGCUUGCUGCUUUUGAACUCGACAUUCAUCAAGUCAUAAAGGAAUUUAGCAUUGUCUCACAUAACUGGUGGUUUGUGGCUCAUCUCACUGACCUGCUGGAUCACUGUCAGCUCUUCCAGUCUCACAAUUUAUAUUUUGGAUCCAACAUGCGAGAAUAUCUACUGCUGGAGUAUGCAUCUGGUCUCUUCUCCCAUCAUAGUCUUUGGCAGCUGGGAGUUGAUUACUUGGAUUACUGUCCUGAAUCUGGUCGAGUCUACCUUGAACUUCUCAUGGAGAGGAUCCCUCUGACCACUGAGAAGAAAGCCCUGAAGGCAUUGCGGAUCUGUGAGCAGAGGCAGAUGACUGAGCAAGUUCGCAGUAUCUGUAAAACGAUGGCAAUGCAAGCUUUGCGCAAUGGUCGAUUGGGGUCAGCGUUAUCAUGGAGCAUUCGAGCCAAGGAUGCAGCAUUUGCAACUCUCAUAUCAGACCAGUUUCUGAAGGACUACUGUGAACGAGGGAAAUUCUCAGAUUUAGACCUCAUUGACAAUCUUGGUCCUGCUAUGUUGCUCAGUGAUAGGCUGACUUUCCUAGGGAAAUACAGAGAGUUUCAUAGGCUGUACAGUGAGCAGCAGUUUGAGGAAGCUGCUUGCUUGUUACUCUUACUCAUGACUGCACGGAUAGCUCCUUGCUCCUUUUGGCUUACCUUGCUGCUGGAUGCCCUGCCCCUGCUUGGACAACACCAGGUAAUCUUUUCAGCUGAGCAGACAUACCAACUAAUGCGAUGCCUGGAGGACAGGAUGGAAGCGAAGCGAGAACCCAUCGUCUCAGAUGUGAGCCAGAGCUCUCAGGACAAAAGCCUUGAAAAAACCAAAGUUGACAUGCUGCGCCUGGCUCUUGCACGAAACCUGGCACGUGCCAUAGUAAAAGAAGGAACACUUCAAGCAUAAAUGGAGGGAAUGCAUAAAAUGUUUUGUAUAGAAAUUUUCAAAUAAAUAUCUUUUUUUCCA